AUGUUGGGGAGUAAUCAGACCAGGCCUACUGAGUUCCUACUUGUUGGCUUCACAGACUAUCUCCCCCUCAGAUUCAUAUUGUUCUUUGUGUUUUUCAUCGUGUAUGCCUUAACUGUGGUAGGAAAUGUGGGUUUAAUAGUCCUAGCUAAGGUUGACUCAAGACUGCAAACCCCCAUGUAUUAUUUUAUUAGCAACUUGUCUUUCUUAGACAUCAGCUAUUCUACAACAAUUGCUCCAAAAAUGCUGGUGAAUUUCUUAGCUUCCAGGAAGAGUAUCUCUUUCUAUGGCUGUACACUGCAGAUGUUUUUCUUUGCUUGUUUUGCGGAUGCAGAGUGCCUGAUCCUGGCGGUAAUGGCCUAUGACCGCUAUGCAGCCAUUUGCCACCCAUUGCUCUAUCCAACACUAAUGUCUCGAAGACUCUGUACCAGCCUCGUUGUACUGGCUUACAUCAGUGGAAGUAUCACUUCACUGGUGCAUGUGUGCCUCACAGUUAAGCUGCCAUUCUGUGGUUCCAAUGUCAUCAACCACUUUUUCUGUGACAUCCCACCUCUCCUGACUUUGUCUUGCACAGAUACCCACAUCAAUGAGCUUCUGCUCUUUAUCUUGUGUGGUGGCAUCCAGAUCAGCACUUUUGUGGUCAUAUUUAUCUCUUACUUCUGCAUCCUCCUGACUGUUCUGAGCAUGAAGUCGUCAGAAGGCAGGAGCAAAGCCUUUUCUACCUGUGCUUCCCAUCUCAUAGCUGUCAAGUUGUUUUACGGGACACUCCUGUUUAUGUACUUACGUCCCACCACCAGCUAUUCCCCGGAAAGUGACAAGGUGGUUGCAGUGUUUUAUACUGUGGUCUUUCCCAUGUUUAAUCCAAUAAUCUAUAGUUUCAGAAAUAAGGAUGUGAAAAAUGCUCUCAAAAAGCUGUGUGAAAAACGUGUAUUUAAAAAUUAG